AUGCUGCAAUAUCUUCCGGUUAUCGCUGCGGCGAUCUUAACCGGAGUGGAAGCUCAAACUCAAUCAGUUUGGGGGCAAUGUGGUGGCCAAGGUUGGACUGGCGCGACGAUAUGUGCUGCCGGUGCUACGUGCAGUGCCAUUAACUCUUACUACGCACAAUGCACCCCUGCUGCCGCGGCUUCAACCACAUUAGUGACGAAAACGUCUUCCACAAGCGUCGGGACGACAUCACCAGCGACAACACCCACAACGAAGCCUUCUACUACUGCGGCUGCUUCUGGAAAUCCUUUCUCUGGUUAUCAGCUCUAUGCCAAUCCGUAUUACUCAUCAGAAGUACACACUCUUGCCCUGCCGUCUUUGACUGGCUCGCUUGCGGCUGCGGCGACGAAGGCCGCCGAGAUUCCCUCGUUUGUCUGGCUUGAUACUGCGGCUAAGGUGCCCACUAUGGGAACAUAUCUAGCCAACAUUCAGGCUGCAAACAAAGCUGGCGCUAGCCCUCCUAUUGCCGGCAUCUUCGUUGUCUAUGACCUGCCUGACCGUGACUGUGCAGCUGCUGCAAGUAACGGCGAAUACACGGUAGCAAACAACGGCGUCGCAAAUUACAAGGCUUAUAUCGACAGCAUCGUGAAACAACUGAAAGCGUAUCCUGAUGUGCACACAAUCCUUAUUAUUGAACCUGAUAGUCUGGCCAAUAUGGUCACCAACUUAUCUACAGCUAAAUGCUCCGAAGCUCAAGCUGCGUACUACGAGUGUGUCAACUACGCAUUAAUAAACCUCAACUUGGCGAAUGUGGCUAUGUACAUCGAUGCUGGUCACGCUGGUUGGCUUGGGUGGCCAGCCAAUCUUUCCCCAGCAGCUCAACUCUUUGCACAGGUUUAUAAGAAUGCAAGCUCUCCUGCAUCCUUGCGUGGUUUGGCCACCAAUGUCGCCAACUACAACGCUUGGUCGCUUAGCAGCGCGCCUUCGUACACUUCUGGCGAUUCCAACUAUGACGAGCAACUCUACAUUAAUGCUUUGUCCCCUCUUCUCACUCAGAAUGGUUGGCCUAAUGCUCAUUUCAUCAUGGAUACUUCCAGAAAUGGUGUUCAACCGACUAAGCAGCAGGCAUGGGGUGACUGGUGCAAUGUGAUCGGAACCGGGUUCGGUGUGCCCCCUACGACCAAUACCGGUGACCCACUGGAGGAUGCAUUUGUUUGGGUCAAGCCCGGUGGUGAAAGUGAUGGUACAUCGAAUAGUUCUGCUACUCGUUACGAUUACCACUGUGGUUAUAGUGAUGCACUUCAACCGGCUCCCGAGGCUGGAACUUGGUUCCAAGCGUACUUUGUCCAGCUUCUGACCAAUGCAAACCCAUCUUUGACCUAA